GCCUAGAAUCUAGAUCUAGAUCUGGUACUUGAGUGAAGGAAUUCGGCGACGUAGGCCUACGGUGUUUCAGUCAGUGGAACCUCGUGUCGUGUUGUGUUUGGAACAAUGGAUAUAGGUGUGCAUGCCAAAACACAGGGCCGCUGAGACGUGGCUGAUGUUCUGCAGACGGAUAGAUCUAAUCUCGAUCCUGGGGGGUUCCUGAGGAGCAUGCAAACUUGAACAUAAACUUUGUGUCAGGGAAUGUUGGGGUCACUCACUGACCGCCGGCCGGCAACAUGUCGUCUGCAAGUGGACGCCCAGAUGGUGGCGUGGCUAGAGGGCUCGCCCUGGCUCACCUACUGUGGCUGAGUCUGCUGCUCCCUCUACUCCUACUCCUGCUGCUGUCAACCUCAGCACCCACUACUGCUGCUGCUGCUUCGUACACGGCCGAGGAGGAUCUGUGCCCUGUCGGCGUCACUGAAUGUGGCUGGAUACAAGAAUGUUGAAAUUGCCUACUGCCCCAGUUAUGAGAAGCAAAAUAUCACAGCCUCGCUCGACCGAGUUUCAGGAAGAAUGGCUUCAAGACACUGCCAGCCCCCCAAGGUGAACACGGGCUCUGUUGCUGAGACGAUGGUGAACAUGGAGGCCUGGAUGACCGCGGGGUUCAACAAGGCUCCCUGGCUGGACACUGGUCAACUGCUGGACGCUGGGCCUCUCGGACCUCAGGGCAGGCUGGGCUGGUUUGUUCCCAUGUCCGUGGUGGAUCGCUUCUGGACCAACGGUCACCGGCACAUCGUUGACCACUGGAAAACCUUCACCGUCCCAAAUCUGGCUCGGCGGUUCUCCUGGUGGGGUCGACCCGAGCUGACCGCUGUAGAUGCUGAUUUCAGGCAACGGGCGUAUCGGAGUCCGAAAUGUCAAGAAAAUGCCCAAGGUCAACGGAAGAAGUGUGCUACACUCUUUGCGGCAUACAGAGAUUCAGGAAUCCUGGAAUCGCAGAUUGAAAACCUGGACUUAUGGGUAGAUAUUGUAUGGCUUGAAGAUCACUUUGACAAGUUUAUCAAAGAUCAGCUAGGUGCUAAUGAGCCCAUCCUUUUUUUCAACUGGCACCCCAACACGUUGAUUGCCUCGGGACAGUUUACCAGGAUCAGCUUUCCGGAGACACACAGAGACCAUAAAGACGUGCCUGAGGACUGUGACUUUCCCGUGAACCAACUCACCAAAGUCUUGUGGGGCCCCAUCAAGACCGGUGCGCCCGAAGCCUACCACAUCAUCUCCCACAUGACCUUCACCGACCUGGAGUACGACCACAUCAUCGCCAACGCCUCGGAGACAGACAGCUAUGUGCAGCAGCUGGCCUGUCACUGGGUGCAGCACAACCGAGCCAAGUGGGAGAAGUGGCUGCCCCUGGGACUCACGGAGAAGCCAAAGCUACACCUGGCUGGUCUGUUCCCACUCACAGGGAAUUCCUGGUCACAGCCUGGGCUAGUGUUAGGUGCCAAACUUGCGGUGGAGCUGGUGAACCUUGACCCCAACACAUUGCCCAACCACACGCUGGAGCUGCUGGUGGCAGACACAGAGUGCCAGUACGACACGGCCAUCAGCAGGUUCAUAUCUAUGGUCCUGGAGCCUGAGCCGCCCAUCGUGGGAAUACUAGGUACCGGAUGUUCUGAUCCUGCAGAGCGCAUCGCGUCCCUCUCCAAACAUUUCCACAUGCUGAUGGUGAGCUAUGGCGCUGAGGCCCAGGACCUAUCGGACAGACAGAAAUAUCCAUACUUCUUCCGCACAGUUCCACCAGUGCAGCAUUACACGUAUGUGUACCCAGACCUUUUCAAAGAGCUUGGCUGGGAUGUGGUCGGAGCACUCGCUGAGGGAGGCCAGGAGUUCCCAGGGUAUCACCUGACCUUACAGGAUCGACUCCACCACCAUGGCAUAUCUCUCAUCGUACGCAGGAAGUUCCUUAACACCACCGGAACACCAGGCGUUAGAGAGAUACUGCAGGAAUUCAAAAUGCAAAACGUGCGGGUAAUCAUAGCAGAUGUGUUCAGCAACGUGGCGAGAGAGAUUAUGUGUGAAGCGUACAAAUUGCAAAUGACAGCCCACGACGGGUAUGUGUGGUUCCUACCUUCCUGGUACCCUGAAGACUGGGUGGAUGUAGAGUAUUACAACAGCGAGCCGAACCACCAGGAGGCCUAUGCUCAGAGGGAAAAUGUGCCCUGCACCUCCGCUCAAGUAGAGUAUGCGGCCCAAGGUCAUUUUGUGCUGUCAAAGGCGUUCACAGCUCCUGCAGAUACGGAGGUGGCGGGAGGCAUCUCGGUGAAUGAUUAUCGGACGUUGUAUGCUCGUCGCUGUGGAGAACAGAACGUAGAAGAGAGCAAGUUUGCCAGCUUUGUGUACGACGCUGUGUGGGUCUACGCCAAUGGCUUGCACAACUUGCUAGAGCGACACCCCGGAGCACUGGAGAGUUUGCACACGAAGAGCACAGCAGACAUCUUUAGAGCGGAAAUCAGCAGUUUGAGCUUCAGCGGUGUUUCUGGUUGGAUCAAGUUCCACGGCAGUGAUAGGAAUUCUGAUUUGGUAAUCCUUCAAGUGUUCUCUAACGAAACUCGUCAGAUCGGCCAAUUUGUCCCAUCCUCUGACCCCGACAACAAGGCCGGGCUAUUGCACAUGGACACAAGUCUCAUCAAGUGGCUGUCUCCCAGGGGCAACUCACAAAAUGGAGUAGAACAAGGCGGCGAGGAAUGCCCCAUUGAGAGUUUCCGGGCUCAGCUUGGAGUGUCUUGCAUCAUGGCAAGCAUCAUGGUGAUAGGCAUGGCCUUUGUUGGAUUCAUUGUCAUUGUCAUCGUCUUCCUCAUCCUCAUCAAGCAUAGGUGUGAUGUCAAGAUGAGAAAACUGCGAGCGGCUCACGAAAGAAUUAAAGAACUGGGGCUGUUGAAUGAAGAAUACUCACACAUUCUCACUGUGGACGACUGGGAAAUCCCCCUCAAGAAUGUUGUGGUCAACCGAGAGCUGGGUGAAGGGGCCUUUGGCACUGUUAUGGGAGGGGAAAUGUACAAAGAAGGAGAAGGAUGGGUUGCUGUGGCUGUGAAGACGCUCAAACUUCACCGCACCAUGCAGGAAAAGUUGGACUUCUUUAGUGAAGUGGACAUGAUGAAGGGGCUGAGUCACCAAAACAUUGUGCAGCUAUGGGGGGUGUGCACCAGGAAAGAGCCGAUGUACGCAGUCAUGGAGUUUCUCCUUCACGGUGACCUGAAGACUUACCUCCUGUCUCGCCGCAGCCUGGUGGGUCAGGGAGUGAAGGAGGCGGAGGACGUGAAAGCUGCCAACCUCACGCAGAUGGCCGUCGACGUCGCUCUAGGGCUCGGCUACCUGCACUCUCUCAAGUUUGUGCACAGGGACUUGGCCUGCCGUAACUGUUUGGUGCACGCCAACAAAACGGUGAAGAUUGGAGACUUUGGCAUGACCCGACAUGUAUCCAGCACAGACUACUAUCGCUUUAGUCGGAGAGCAAAUCGUUCAUCCACUGGUGCAUGUCCACGGACCCGGGCUACCGUCCAGACCUGGACGACAUCGUAUCCUACCUCAAAUUCAGCCCGUCGUUCCUCACCCCUUGCCUGGACGCUCCGACAACCAGCGUGGUGCACGAGGACACCGACUCUCUGGAGAUGCCUCUGCCCGAUAAGUCGCUCGGUCAUUCCUACGCAGGAGGGGUGGAGCAAGACCCGGCGCCCUCGAAACACGAAAAACUGGGCAAAAAGAAAACAUUUUCUGUGUUAGGUUUACCCUCACUGAGUAAAUCGGCGAAAAGUUCUGUGAAUCGUAGGUCCCCGCGUUCGUCGCGGUCGUCUUCAGUGUGCACAGACACUCUCCACAGCGCCAGCGUGUGUGGACUGUACUCUUCUAUGAUAGGAGGGAACAACCUGGACGAAGCCAGCGGCAGUGCCGACAAUGUUUUCAGGUCGCGGAGCUGUGAUUUCGUCAAUGAGUCAGAGCUAAAAGAGUUUGAUUCUGACCGGGGCAGCCGUGGAGACGGGAGUGCUAUUGUUUGUGACGGUGAACAGAGCAUUUCCCAGCAGCAUUCAUUUGGUUCGGAUCAUAAGUAUUUGUCGUCAAUUCUGUCUCGUGAAAGAGAAGAAGAGAGCAGCGGUUAUUUGAGCCAGGAGUCGAAACAAAUUUGUCAGACGGUGACAUCACUGUGAAUAUUCCGUGGUCUGACUGUUUUUGCUUAAAGUUUAGAGACUUUGUUCAUGCUUCAUCUAGUGUAGCAUACUGGUUCGUUCAUGGAAAAUUAUUGCUUGUAUUAGCUUUAUCUAUCAGUGAUGGAUUAUUUAUUUUCUCGCCUGGCGUGUUGUUCAGAUGGAUACAUGCUGUCAGCAGUGACUGAGACAUUAGAAUAACAUGCAGACUAGAUCAACGUAAAGACUAGACCGACAUGAAGACCGGCUCUUCAUUAUAGGCACCUAGUAGUGAACUCUCUUAUUAGUUGUUUAUGCAUGUGUUUAUAGUAUUCUGAGGAUGAGUAGUGUCUUACAAAGUACUCAUAUAUAAUGGGUUCAAUCCCGUUAAUUGACUUAAUGUAAUUUAACAUAUAUUAUUAUUGUUUCCUUAGACUAACAGGAGGCCACUGUCAAUGUUGUUGACUGGAGAACAGAAAGCUGUUACUGCCUGUACUAUAUGCCGUGCUUCAAAAUUCUCAGCACAUUGUGCUAUGAUGAUGAUGAUGAUGAUGAUAACUAUAGUUCCGUUUAUAUAGCACAUAUCCAGGCUCUACAGCAUGUUCUAUGUGCUUUGCAACAAUUAUUGCCUUAGAACACUUGGAAACUUUCUCGACUUUCCGGGAAGCGUACAGCGCAAACUGUGUGUUGCUCAUGCUAAAACACUAACAGACUGACACUGACAAGAACUUACGCUGUCUAUAGCUGAGUACCCUUUCCCACCUGGAUGAAGUA